CUGGCAUGAAUGUUCUCCCAAAGUACUCUGUAUUCAAUCACCCCAUCGAUUUCACCGGCCGCUUUCAUCAUGUCGAAAUCGAACAGCAUCAACCUGGCAUUCCCUGCUGAGGCAGCGACGAAGGAGUAUGCCGCGUCUCUGGAUGCUUCCGAUACUCUUGCUGCGUUCCGGGACAAGUUCAUCGUCCCAUCGAAAGCAAACAUUGCUUCAAAGAAACUUGCAAAGCCUGGUCUUUCAUCUGAACCAUGCAUCUACUUCUGUGGAAAUUCACUGGGCAUCCAGCCCAAGCCCACCGCAAGGUACCUGGAAGCACAACUGGACACUUGGUCAUCAAUCGGAGUGGGCGGCCACUUCACCGACCUUGAGGACUCGCCGCUAAAGCAGUGGCAGCUGCUUUCGGAGCAAGCAGCUGAAUCAAUGAGCAAAAUUGUCGGAGCAAAGGCAGAAGAAGUCGCAGCCAUGGGGACAUUGACAACAAACCUCCACCUGCUUCUGGCUAGCUUCUAUAAGCCGACAGAGACAAAGCACAAGAUCCUGAUGGACUGGAAAGCGUUUCCAAGUGAUCACUAUGCCAUCGAGUCUCAUAUUGCUUGGCAUGGCUUGGAUCCAAAUGAGUCCAUGGUGCUCAUUGGUCCUGACGAGGGCGAAUAUGAGAUAUCCACGCAGAAGAUUUUCUCCUACAUCGACAAGCAUGCCGAUGACGCCGCUCUGAUCCUUCUUCCCGGUAUUCAGUAUUAUACGGGCCAGCUUUUCGAUAUUCAGAGGAUUACCAAAUAUGCGCACUCGCGUAACAUAGUAGUCGGGUGGGAUUUGGCCCAUGCCUUUGCUAAUGCUGAGCUGAAGUUGCAUGAUUGGAAUGUUGAUUUUGCAGCAUGGUGCACGUAUAAAUAUGGCAACGCUGGGCCGGGUGCAAUGGGAGGUCUCUUUGUGCACGAAAAGCACGGCGAGGUCGACUACAGCGCGGGUGAAGAUGCACCCAAGUUCCGGCACCGUUUGACCGGAUGGUAUGGUGGUGAUAGAUCGGUGAGAUUCAAGAUGGAUAACAAAUUCAAACCAAUUCCUGGGGCUGGGGGUUUCCAAAUUUCGAACCCUUCGGCCAUCGAUCUUGCAUGUCUUUGUGCCGCUCUCUCCGUCUUCGACGAAACAUCAAUGGAGGACCUUCGUAGGAAGUCGGUGUCGUUGACAGCAUACCUUGAGUUUCUGUUGCUUAAAGAUACCGAAGAGGAGUCCAGGCCAUUCCGCAUCAUUACACCCGCUCACCCCGACGCUAGAGGCGCACAACUUAGUCUCCUACUCAAGCCUGGUCUGUUGCACAACGUCGCACAUAGGUUGCAAGAAGCAGGAAUUGUUUGCGACAAACGGGAGCCAGGUGUCGUGCGCGUGGCCCCGGUUCCUUUAUAUAACACCUUCAGUGAAGUAUGGACAUUUGUCAAGAUCUUCAAGGAUGCGCUAGCAGAGUGAAUGGGCCUUUCGCUGCAUCUUGAGAUUAAUCUCCUGGUCGGGUUUUGUUAGCGUUGUUUUGAUGAGGAUUUCUAGAGAUAGAUACCAACAUUUCGGGAUUUUAUGCUAAGAUUUCUCACAUUGUACUGGAUUAGUCAUGACUCUUGCCAGGUGACUGGGUAUUUGAAUGAGACGUUGUUUCGUGAAAGA